AUGGCUGUCUUACUAUUCACAAGCACCGACGCCGUUAGCAACAGUGGCAUUAUUUCGACUUUGACAACAUCAACAACUGCUACGGCUCGCAACCUGCUGUCACUCGAAGAUGUCGAGCGCAAGAAGACCUCGAGGUCUACCGAUCUAUCGCCAGCGACCGAGGAAGAGCGAGCAGGAGGAGCGAUCGCUGCUGCGACCGGAGGAGCUGCCGCAGGGAACUCGGUCGUGGUCCCCAACAAAGAGCAGAAUGGCAAGACCGUCACCGUGACCAAGUACCACAACAACGGACUGUUGCAGCGAUUGACGAGGUGGCUCAAGCGCAAGUUCGGCGGAGCGGUUGAGCCCAGCAAGCAGACAAGCAAGCAGACGAGCAAAACUCGCCGACUGCGACAGUCCAGCAAGACAUCCUAG